AUGAGAGAUGCUAUUCAGCUAUUAACUCGAUUAGUAGCUGCGCUGGCUCGACGUCAGGAGGUAGGUAUUGGUCAUGCAGAUAGGUCUGUCAGUGCGAGAGUUCGUGGCUUCAUUAAUCUAGACCCUCCGGUAUUCACUGGAGCAGAUCCAAACGAGGACGCUCAAGUAUUUAUUGAUAGAGUACAGAGGACGUUAAGGCUGGAUAUGAAUAUUUCUCGUAUUCAGGCAUACGCUCAGGGUGUAAAGGAGCGUAAGCAGAAGCAGAGGAUGAAUCCUGAGCAUGAUAGGGCCCAAAAUAAGAGAGCGAGGGCCUUAGGUCCGCAAUAUAGGGGUGAAUCAAGUCAGAUUUGGCCGCCCUUGCCACGAUGUGCUCAGUGUGGUAAGCAACAUGCUGGGCAAUGCCGUAUGGGAUUGGGUGUUUGUUAUACUUGUGGUUAUCCAGGCCACGUUAUGAGGGAUUAUCCAAUGAGAGGUGAUGCAAGCAUGGCUUAG